AGGGUCCUUUCAGUCUUGGGUAUCUUGCCUAGACCGUCACUUCUUAGUUUCCUCGUGUGUUCAGUCCUGUUGCCUUAAUUGUUUAGAUUUGCUUAUAAUUCCCACAUCUAUCCUUUAAAAAUUCUCUUCCAUUUUUGCAUCAAUGCUGUUUUUGUUGCUGGAAGAUCUUUAACUUGCAGAGCUAUUUGCAGAUACUCGUGUGCCUUUAAAAAUAUGGAAAAUAUGGAUAUUGGCAACCAUAAUUUAAAACGCCCUCAUCUUGCAGAAGACACAAGUGAAUAUGAGGGUGUUAAAAAACCUAAACUAUCUGAGCUCCUGUCUGCAGAAACAACCAAGAAUGGAGGUGAAGCUGGGCAGAACCGGGGUAGUCUGAAUGCAUUAUCAGAUGAGAAAAGGGACUCCGAUAAGGAAGAAGAUGAUGAAGACAUUGCAAUACUCGAGGAGGAAGAGGAGAAUGAAGAUGACUUUGCAGACAUGAUGAAACAUGGACUGACAGAAGCUGAUGUUGGGAUCACUCAGUUUGUCAGCUCUCACCCAGGUUUCUCUGGGAUCCUUAAAGAAAGAUAUUCAGAUUUUGUUGUUCAUGAAAUCAGCAAAAAUGGAAAAAUGUGUCAUUUAGAUGAUCUGUCAGUUCCAGUGGAUAAAGAGGACCCACCAGAGGAUGUAUUUACAGUGCUAUCAGAUGAAGAUAAACAGCAUUUGGAAGAACUCCAGCUUUUUAAGAAUAAAGAAGGAAGUGUCUCCAUUGAGGUAAAGGAAGACACCAAGGAGAAACGCACAGUUAUUCACCACGCCAUUAAGUUAUUGUUUCCAGGGUUGGAGACAAAAACAGAGGAAAAAGAUGGAAGGAAAUACAUAGUUGCAUACCAUGCAGCUGGCAAGAAAGCAUUAGCAAAUCCAAGGAAACACUCCUGGCCUAAAAACAGGGGAAGUUAUUGCCAUUUUGUGUUGUACAAGGAAAACAAAGACACUAUGGAUGCCAUAAAUGUGCUGUCAAAGUUUCUGAGAGUCAAGCCAAACAUAUUUUCGUACAUGGGAACCAAAGAUAAAAGAGCUAUUACAGUUCAGCAAAUUGCUGUGUUGAAAAUCACAGCUCAACGAUUGUCUCACCUGAACAAAUGCUUGAUGAACUUUAAGCUGGGAAAUUUCAGCUAUGAGAAACACCCCCUGAAACUGGGAGAACUGCAUGGAAAUCACUUCACUGUAGUUUUACGGACGGUCCAAGGCACGUGGAACGACACAGAGACCUCCCUGCAUGGCCUCCAGGGACAGGGCUUCAUUUGGUUCUAUGGUUCUGAAGAAUAUGGAACAACUCACAUGCAAACGAAUCAAUCGGGGAGGGCUAUUCUGCAGAACAAAUGGAAUGAUGUGAUGGAUUUAAUAUUAAAACCUAGACCAGGAGCUGAGAAAUCCUGUUUGGUGCAGUGCAGGGAAGAGUGGGCAAAAACAAAGGAUCCAGACGCAGCUCUAAAGAAGCUUCCAUGGAAACGAUGUGUGGAGGGACAGCUACUUAGAGGACUCUCAAAGUAUGGAGUAAAGAAUAUAGUUACAGCUUUUGGGAUUAUACCGAGGAACAACCGUCUGAUGUACAUCCACAGUUAUCAGAGCUAUGUGUGGAAUAACAUAGUGAGCAAGAGAGUAGCAGAGUAUGGACUGAAAGUUGUUCCAGGCGAUUUGGUUCUUAAAGGAGCAACAGCUGUUGUGCUGACAGAAGAAGAUGUAGACAGUUACACAGUCCAUGAUGUAGUAAUGCCAUUACCUGGAUAUGAUGUCAUCUACCCAACAAGUAAAAUUGGUGAGGCAUAUAAGAACAUGCUAACAGAAGAUGGCCUGGACAUUUGCAACAUGAGACACAAAAUAAAGGAUUAUUCUUUGGCUGGGGCAUACAGAAAGGUUGUUAUUCGGCCCAGUGACGUUAGCUGGGAAAUGGUUUCAUAUGAUGACCCAAAAAUUCCUUUGGUUCACACUGAUGCUGAUAAACUUGAAGGAAGACCAGAGCCUGUUUUUGUUAAAGAAGGUAAAUACAGAGCUUUGAAAAUGGAAUUUUCUCUUCCUCCAUCUACUUAUGCUACAAUGGCUAUUCGGGAAGUGCUGAAAAUGGAUACCAGUAUCAAGAACCAGACACAGUUAAAUACUGUGUGGCUACGUUAAACGUGUUAUCAGAACUGUAUUUUACUUGAGAAAGUACAUAAUCUUAUCAUUAUAUAUUUUACAAAAGUUUCAUAUCAUACUUAACAUAUCCCCAGGUGUUAUGAAAAAGACAUUCUGUAUCAUAUUUUAUAAAAGUCUUGUCCAUAAUUUAUUUUUAAAUAUUUGUAUUUGGGUAAUUUGGUGAGUAUGUAUUUCGCAUGUUUUGUUUACAGUUGUGUAUGUAUGAUCCCUUUAAACAAUUUGCACAAUCUUGUUAUUUCUUUGAAGAGGUUACCAUUACAUGGUGUUGUCCCCAACCCCCACCCCCCAUACUAGAACUCAUGCAUCAUACAAUUAAUUUAUCUGAAAAGUAGUGAAACAUAGUCUAGGGUACAUUCAGACUAGUUGACCCAAACUUUAUGUACCAGAUCUGGUUUCCACUGUACAAGCAAAUUAUAUAUGACCUUACGUUUUUUUAAUGAAAAUGGCUUAGGAUUACUGUUGAAAUUAAAUGUUGUGCUCAGUUUACUUUUUUUCUAGAAGCAGCAAUGAUGUGUGUUUAAACAGGUAUUUUUGUUACUUAAUUCAGCUAACAAAUUAGUUUUAAGCCUGACUCACUGAAGAUGCUACUGUUAAUGCAGCCAGUCGGGAAAGUAACCAUUGGAUCUUAGGCUCAAAACAGUUUCAUUCUGUAAAAAUGCAUCAGCUGUAACAUUUUUGCCACCAUGAAAUGUAGCAUCCAAACUGUAAGCUAAAGGAUCUCAUAAUGAGAUUUUUAUUUCAUUUAAGGUCUUAUAUUUUCUUAUAACCGAAAAGCACAUUCUUAUUUUUUUUCCAUUUAUUUGUUGUGGCACACUUUGGCAUUUUUAUAAUAAAUGGAAUUUGUUGUGAUGGUUUAGCAUACUUUUUUUGUAUGUCAAACUUAGACUGAAAUCUGUUUAAUAUGAUUUUACUUUUGAGAUUUUAGUAAAAUUUUCAUUAUAUGCAAAUAUUUAAAACAAAGAUGCCCACAGUUCAAUGUCUAGCUGCCACUGAAGUUUAAAACUGGUAUAUGAUUAUGUGCCUUUUUGAAAUGUCUGUUAUCAACACAACAAAUAAAAUAACAUUUUGGAUUUUA